AUGUGGGGCAACCCACCGGCCGUCUUGCGUGUGUGUCCGUGUGGUCGUAGCAUGAGCAACAGUAGCGACACUUCUAGUCCGGUUGUGUCUAGCCACGUGUCUCUCUGCGACGAGGGGGAAGACGGGGCCGCAGAAGACGACGGUUCGUGGGCGAAAAACGGCGCUGGAGACGCGAUGUUGGAACAGCUGAAAGUCUUGGAGCCUAGCGACCGAGUGAGGGAGCUGCAGACCAUCCUCAGAGAUAGCACUACGUCAAGGGGCGAUUUCAUCUUCUACGCCGAUAGACUGAUAAGAGUGAUGGUAGAGGAAGGAUUGAACUGCCUUCCGUCUUACAAACGAACGGUUAUUACACCAACUGGUCAUGAAUAUGAAGGAGAAUGGUUUGAGAAGUGGAACUGUGCAGUUAGUAUCCUGCGCAGUGGUGAAGCCAUGGAAAAGGGGCUCCGGGAGUGCUGCCGUUCCAUGCGGAUUGGGAAGAUUCUCAUACGCAGAGACCAGGACACCAAAUUACCACGAGUGUACUAUGCCAAGUUUCCACCACAAGUUGACAAGAGACAGAUACUGCUGCUUCAUCCUGUGUUAGAAUCUGGCGCCACAGCCAAAGAAGCUCUAAACAUCCUCAAAGAACACGGCGUCAGAGAAGAGAAGAUUCACAUCAUUUCUCUCUUCGCAACACCCCGCGGAGUACACAAACUACUCAAGGACUAUCCCAAAAUCACGAUACUGACGUCAGAGGUGCACCCGUGUUCCCCCUCCCACUUCGGAAUGACCUACUUUGGCUCCGACUAAACACACUGCGCAGAGAGUCUGAGCAGUUUUUGAAUUUGAAUCACGACCAAUGAGACUGUCUUGUAUAAAUAGACCGACAUGUUUGGCAUUCGAUCUUUGUUCAUUAAACACUUUAUUAUGGAGUGUGGAUUCAGCAUAAAUAUUUGCUGUCGACAUCUGCGUCCCAUGAAAAUUUUACCUCAAGUAUUAUUAACCCCAAUGAACCCUGCCAAAGUUAAUGGAGUAGAGACAUGAUUGGAGUCCCACAAGGUCAUGAAUAUCAUUACACUGCCCCCCCAUCGGUCAGACGGACUGCUGUGACAGGGAAUGAACGGAAUCCACAAACACCUUCAGAUGCUCGGGAUCCAUGUCUGGAUAGAUCCCGUGACCGAGGUUUGCAAUCCAGCUCUGCCGUCCAAACCCUCUCACCAUCUCCUGCACCCUUCCCACUAUGUCUUCCUUUGAACCAUAUAGUGCACAAGGGUCGAGGUUGCCUUGGAGACAGACUCCACCCCCAACAGCUCGUCUGGCUUCGCUGGGGUCGUGGGUCCAGUCAAUUCCGACGACAUCAUACCCGCUGGAUCCGAGAUCGGGCAGAGCGUAGUGAGCUCCUUUGGCAAAGACAAUCAAUGGAACAUUGGGCAGUCCACUCUGUUGCAGUCGCUCCCUCAGUUUAUUGGCAAUUUGUGUCAAGUAGAGGAGAGAAAAUUCCUCAAACUGCUUCGUACCAAGUAUACCAGCAUGAGAUUCAAACACCUGCAAAGCCUGAGCCCCGGCUUUGACCUGUCCCUCCAGAUACUCCACGCAGACGUCGGUAAUGGCCUGCAGCAGCUGGUGACUGGCGUCCUUGUGUCGGUAGAGCCAAGCCUUCGCCCUGCUGAUGGUGUUGCUACCCCCACCCUCUAUCAUGUAGGACAUGAGCGUCCAUGGAGCGCCACAGAAGCCAAUGAGAGGCACUUUCCCCUCCAGUCUCCGUCUGGUGAGGGAGAUUGCGGAGAAGACAUAGCCCAGCUCUUUGUCGACAUCC